GAAGCUGUUAGCUUUAUCUUUUGAAAAUAAUAAUGAAAUAUGGAUCAUGUUUUAUACAAAUUAUGCAGGUAGUCCCAAAAAAAAAAAAAUGGUAUAGAACAUUGACAUAUUACUUUGAGAGCUGAAUCUCCACCUUGUUAGAUGGUGGCUGAGAUAUCAAUUUUAAGGUUGUGUUUUAAUGGGCUUUAGGAAUUAUGCAAAUGUCAUAUGGUCACAAAAUUUAUAUGUAAAAAGAAAGUAAAUGGAGAAUAUUGUCUGUAAAUUUUAUGGCUACUUUUAUAUUUAAUGCCUUUUUUAUUUGAAUAUAUAUAAUUCAAAUACUAUCAAAAUUUUCUUCGACUAUUUUUUUAAAUUUCUAAUCUAUUACUUUUUUUAAAGGAUCUAUUUUUAAAUCAUUUAUAUCGAUGAAACUAUUAUUAUGCGUAUAAAAUUUUUUUAAAAUCAAUUGUUAAUUUCAAUCCUUCAAUCUCAUAUCAACUGAUUUAAAAGAUCAGUUGUUCUUCGAAUAUUUUAAACACAGAACUUUGUAUUAAAUCGUUAAAUUCCAAAACUGUUUUUAACUAUAAUAUAUGGGUUUGGUUGUGUCUCUUUUUUGAAUCAAAACAGUCAUUAUCGGAUCUUAAUCUAGCCCGGCCCACAAGAAUAUGUGCCAUUCACGCUUUCAAAGGGCGCGUCUCUUCUGAUGCCCAGAUAAGCUCCCUCCACGGCUCCACAUUUCAGGAUUUUGCAAAGAUUUUUUUUAAUUGCAAAUAAUUCUUGUAUCCACCGUUUUCAGUUAUUCUUUGGAAAUCUCGAAUGGCCUCUGAUCUCUUCCUCAAAUGAAAUUUUGAUCUAAUUUUUAUUUUUGCUGUUGCUUUUUUUGGGGGGGUUCUGAAUAGUCAUGCGAUCUCGUUUCUCGUCUUCAAAUCUACACCAUUUCUCUUCUUCGGGACUCUCUCGAUCCCCAAAACGACUCACCUCUGUCCCCGUUUUAUCUCGCGUCCCAUUCCUCUCAUCUCCUCAGUUUCGCGGUGCUGCUGUUUCAAAUUUCUACUCUCCUCUCAAGUUACAGUCAAAACGAUCGAAAAAUGUACAAAAACGAAGGCGACGAUUUCCACACGACGUCGUUCGAGUUAACGCCACCGAUGAUGAUUCGGUGGGAAUAUCUUCGUUUGAUGACUGGGUUGUUGACGAUUCAGUGGCAGCAUAUAUGUUUUCUUCAUCAAGUGAGGGGGAAGGUAGCGAUGGGGAGAUCGUGUUAAGUCCUUUGAGUGAGGUGGAUUUGCCUCCUAUCGAAGUCUCAACUGACGAAGCCGUAACCGUGACUGCCCAUCGGCUUGCUUCGAUUGGAAGGGGCCAAAAAAGACACAGGAUAUACCAUGGGCUGUUAAUCAACUUGGCUCUUAUAAUCUUCCUGACCAUGGUUCUUUUACUUGUGGAUUGGUGUGGAUGGAAAAUUGUCAGGCUACCCUUGGCGCCAUUCUACUUGACCUCCCCAUUUUUCAUGUCUUUGAUCUUAGCUUCCUGUGCAGGUUAUAUUUGUGUCCCGUUGCUUAAAACUCUUAAGUUCCGUCAAAUACUUAGGAAAGAAGGGCCUGCCAGACAUUCUCGAAAGAAGAAGACCCCAAAAAUGGGUGGACUUUUUUUUAUACCAGCUGGUAUAUCUGUUGCGAAAUUCCUAACUGGUUUUUCUUCUAUUGAAGUUUCUGCUGCAGCUGCAGCAACGUUAGCAUUUGCUGCAAUUGGACUACUUGAUGAUGUCUUAAGUUUCAUCAAGCAACACAACAGUGGCUUAUCUCCGUGUUUUAGACUACUUUUGGAGGCAGCUGUCGGAAUUUGGUUUUCUUUUUGGUUGGAUGCUACAACUUUGACGUCACCCUAUGGCAUGAAAAUGUUGGUUCCUCUCCCUGCACCACUGGGCCUUGUGUUCUUGGGAAAAUUUUACCUAUUCUUGACUUCAUUUUGUUUUGUUUCCAUGGGAAAUUGGGUUAACCUAACAGAUGAUCUUGAUGGUCUGGCUGGAGGGACUGCUGCCUUAGCUUUUAUUGGAUUGUCAAUUGCAGUGCUUCCAAUAUGCCCUGAACUUGCUAUAUUUGGAGCAUCAAUGGCGGGGGCCUGUGUUGGUUUUCUUUUGCACAACCAGUACAAAGCAUCUGUAUUCAUGGGCAAUACUGGAUCCUUGGCCCUUGGUGGCGCAUUAGCUUCAAUGGCUGCUUGUACUGGAAUGUUCUUUCCCUUAUUCAUUUCAUCUGGUUUCUUUGUUUUGGAAGCAUUAUCAGCUAUGAUGCAGGUGUUAUACUUCAAAACAACAAAGCACUUGCGGGGAAGUGGGCGCCGCUUAUUUAGAAUGGCACCUUUCCAUCAUCAUCUCGAAUUAUGCGGGCACAAAGAACCAAUGAUUGUUGCUGGCGCAUAUGUUGUAUCCUGUGUGUUGGCUUUAUUUGCUGGUUACGUAGGUCUUAUGUCGGCAUAACAUCUGUUGUGUUCUGUGUGUUGGCCCCAAUUAGUUAUUGUCAUAAAAGUUUCUUUUACCACGUUUUCUGAAUCUUUUAUUUGAUUUUUCCCGUUUAACAUUAACACCAUUGUGCUUUAGAAGAUGUGAUAUCUCUCAAUUUUAAAUACGAUAC